UAUUCUAAAUCACAGAAUCAAAGUAUUCUAUAGAAAAUUAUGUACUCCAAAUUUGAUAAUUGUGUAGAGCACCCCCUUGGUAUAUUGUGCAAGUGUACAGACUACCAAGAAAUAUUAAAUAAAUUCACAUCUUAUAAUAUUGGUACAGAACAUUAUUUAAAACCUAAAGUAAAUGUAGAACCAAUUGCUUCAGCAAAAGUUUUGUGGAUAAACAACCGUUUAAAAUUAGAUGAAGAUAUUUCAAAACCAAUACUUCUUUAUCCUCAAGAACAAUUAAAUAUUACUGCUUACAAUGUAGACAAAAUAUGGAUGCCUACUGUAUCAAAUUUAAUACCUCUAAAAUUAAUAUUUAAACUUUAAACUUUUGAUUC